CACACUUUCUGAUGACGAUUUACUCACUACACAUUGGAUAUUGCACGUUGUCGAGAAAGUUUCUCAUGAUUUUGCAAUAAUCUUGUUUUUAAAACCGAAGAUUUGAAUUUUUGAUAUUACUGAUAUGGCUGUCCGUGCUCAGUUUGAGGGAAAUAAUGAAAUUGGUGUGUUCAGUAAACUGACAAAUGCAUAUUGCCUUACUGCAAUAGGUGGUUCUGAAAACUUUUACAGUGUGUUUGAAGGUGAAUUAUCAGAAACUAUACCUGUAGUACAUGUCAGUCUUGCAGGAUGCAGAAUUAUUGGAAGGAUGUGUGUAGGAAACAGAAAUGGUUUACUUGUUCCAAACACAACAACAGAUCAAGAAUUACAGCAUAUAAGAAAUUCUCUUCCUGACACUGUUAAAAUACAGAGAGUUGAGGAACGUUUAUCUGCCCUUGGUAAUGUUAUCACAUGUAACGAUUAUGUUGCCUUGGUACAUCCAGAUUUAGAUAGGGAAACGGAAGAAAUAAUCUCUGAUGUGUUGAAAGUAGAAGUGUUCAGACAAACAGUUGCAGACAAUGUUUUAGUAGGAAGUUAUUGUGCAAUCAGUAAUCAAGGAGGAUUGGUACAUCCCAAAACCACCAUAGAAGAUCAAGAUGAAUUAUCAUCAUUAUUACAAGUUCCACUAGUGGCAGGUACAGUAAACCGAGGCAGCGAUGUGAUAGCAGCAGGUCUGGUAGUCAAUGACUGGAUAGCAUUCUGUGGACUUGAUACAACCAGUACAGAAUUAUCAGUUGUAGAAAGUGUAUUUAAACUUGGAGAUAGACAACCUAGUUCAAUCUCUACAGAAAUGAGAGAAAGUUUAAUUGAUAGUAUGACGUAAGGAAAACAAAGACAUUACAAAUGGAUGAAUGAAGAAUACAUGUGUGCAAGAAGAUGUGAUUGCUUAACCAGACCAUAACUGAGAACCCAUAUAUAUAACCGGGCUAAUUGGUGAUGUGGCCGAGUAAAGUUCUCAUCUGGAAAAUUCUUUACACCUAACAGACUUAUUCAAAACUGGGCCAGUAAAAAAACGGAAAUCUUCAACAUUGAUAAACUUAUUGUUUGAAAUUAAUACAUGUGUAUAUUUUAUUUUUCUCAUAAACUGUUUAGCAUCUUUAUGCCCACCUACAUUGAUGGAAUGGCAUUAUAUUUUUAGGUCUAUGGGUCUGUCAGUCUCCCCGUCCAUCUAAUAUCAGAUUAAAGUUUUGGUUAAUAAAAAUUGUGAUCACAUCAACAUGAAACUUAGUACACAUGUUCUUUAUGAUGAAAACUUUAAUAAUAAUUCCCAUUAGGGUUUUGUGCAUUGCACAUUAUUUCAGGGGAAGUCGUUAGAAAAAACCACUUUGUAUUCUAUAUUUUUAAUGAAAUAGAAAGUAAAUUAUUUUGAUACUGUAAUUUCAGAAAUGAUUGCGAGGUUUUAUUAUUGCAAAAAAUGCGACAGAGUUGUAAACGCAAUGAUUUAAACUAACAUUUUGAAAUAUGAAUUGUACAGGAUUUUUCUCAAAAUAGUAAAAAUUAAAAUCGGGUUUAAGUCUUAAAUGACAAAAUCGCAAUAAUAAUUGCAAGCAAUAAUUUCUAAAUUUACAGUAAAUGUUUUAUAAGAAAAGCUAAUUAUGGAAUUUAUGAAGGCAGGAAGGAUUGAGAUCCACCAGUAUAAAUCAUAGUGCUAUAAAUAAAUAACUCCAUCACUGAUAUUAAUUUUUGUUUUGUUCAGAGGUAUUUGCAUUUUGAAUACUCUAAACACAUAGAAAAUUGAAAGCUUUUAUUCCUCAUUGUACAUAUGAAAAGUUUGUAGAACAUCUAGAAUUUACUUUACCGGUAAUAUUAUCCUUAAAACAGUUAUUUCCAGAAAUGAUGUCAUUAGCUUACAAAAAAUAAUGAUGAAGCAUUCUUAUUUUAACAAGAAGGAAAGAAAAUCUAGGAACAGAUAAAAGAAUUAUGUAAAAUUUAAAAGAUUAUUGAUAAAACAAACAUGUUAUAAUGUAUAUAUGUCAAAUUGUCACUUCAGAAUGAAAUAAUUGCAAGUUUAAUAAUUUGAUCAUGUAAACCAAUAUGUGAAAGUGCCAAUUACAUUUAUCAUCAUAAUUUGUCAUCUAGAAUUUAUUUUCUAAAUACUGUACGAAAAUAAAUAACAAGAUCUGUAAA